AUGGAUUUUGGUUUUGGCCUAUUCUUACCCAAACGGCAAAGUCCGGAACCGCCAAAAUCCACAUCAGGCGGAUCAGGCGCAUCAGGCGCAUCAGCUACAAGCCCCCGCGCAUUCCAUGCCUCAGGCUCGGAUUCCUCCUCCUCUCUCCUCUCCUUCGGUCCGUACCUUCCUCUAGCAACCGCCAGCGACACAGCUAGCAGCAAGACUCUGAGCGCGUCAGGCGCCGCGAUUCCCGCUGGGUCCACUUCCUCCACCUCCUCUUCAAGCGGUCAGGCCAGCGCCAACGCGAAACGCGGCGGGACUUCCGGCGCAACUCGCGCUGGUUUUCCUGCCGGGGGUAGAGAUUCAGGAGGAGGUGGAUAUGGGGGCGGUGGUUAUGGGGGAGGAGGAACCGGGGGAGGUUCGGCUUAUGCUGGAGUGAGUGGUGAGGGGAUGGGUGGGAGAGGAGCGAUGAGGACUGCUGUGGGUGGCGGUGGUAACCAUGUUACAAGUGGUUUUGAUGGUGAAAGCGGUAUUGUUAGUGGUGCGGACAGGUUCAGUGGUGUCAGGACAACGAAAACUGCAGCUGCGGGUUUAGGAGGCAUGGGGGGCAUGGGAUACUUAGAAGGAGGAGCAAGAGGAGCAAUAGGAGCGGGUCGAGAAGCAGGGGUUGCAGACGGCAAAAUAGGGGCACUUAGGCCAGAAAGAGCUAGUACUGCUGGUACCUUCUCCGCCGGCCCUACUGGUACCUCUCGUGUCAACCCUAUUCGCGCCUCUACUGGCGCUGCUGUUCCUCCUGUCGCUUCUGCCGCUCCUGGUGCUGCCACCAGCACCAGCACUGGCAGCAGCAUCACCAACAGUGGCAGCAGCAGCAGCAGCAGCAGAGGGGGAGUGACAGGGAGCAGCAAGUCUGAUUUGCUGUCGCGGGACUUAUGGAUGAAGGACAGCCACGUGCUGCACUGCUACGCGUGUGACGCGCAGUUCACCAUUCUAAACCGCCGCCACCACUGCCGCCGCUGCGGCCGCGUCUUCUGCGGUCGAUGCACCCAGCGCUCCAUCCCCAUGCCCUUCCUUCGCCGCGACCAGCCGCGACCGCUCCUGCCAGCCUCUGCUGCUCCUUCUGCUGGUGGUAGUGGUGGUGGGGGUGCUGGUGGUGGUGGUACUGCUGCUGGGGUUAACUCUGCUGGUGGUGCUGCUGCUGGUGGUGGUGGUGGUGGUGGUGGUGGUGUUGGUGGUGGUGUUGGUGGGGUUCAGGACGUUGCUACUGAGAAGGUUCGGGUGUUCGGCGUUCGGGAAGCGGUCGAGGUGGGAGAGGGAAGAGGUGGAGGGGGGCAGGGGAGGGGAGGGAGGGGGGAGGGGAGGGGAGGAGAAGGGGAUCUGUGGGAGUGGGAGGAGGGAGGGAAGAUGAGGCGGGGAGUGGGACGGGGGAGGGGUCGGAGUGGAGGAAUAGGGGGAGAAAUGGGCGGAAUGUAUGGGCCUGUCAUGGGGAUGGGAGCGCUGAAGAGCGUUUCAGUGGGUGAGGGGUGGGGAAGGGACAGCAGGGGCGGGUUUAGGGGAGAAGGAGGGGCGUUGUUGGGCUUCAGACGGCAGCAGAGCAGUGGAUUGGCGGAGGGCGUGGGAGAAGGUGGUGGAGUUGGGACGCAGUAUGAGUUCAGGCACCCGAAAUACAGGAUUGAUGACGAAUACUAUGGGGAGGAAGAGGAGGACGCAGAGGAGGAGGAAGAUGAAGAGGAGGAGGAGGAGGAGGAGGAGGAGGAGGAGGAGGAGGAGGAGGAGGAGGAGGAGGAGGAGGAGGAGGAGGAGGAGGAGGAUGAGGAUGAAUGCGAGGAGGACGAUGAUGACGAGGAGGAGGACGAGGAAGAGGAGGAGGAGGAGGAGAUGGGGUAUAUACUUCUGCUGGGACUCAGUGGGGCGCAGGAUGGGGGGAGAAGUGAGAGGAAUGGGUUGGGCGGACGAAGCGAGAGGAGUGGCUCGGAUUCCAAGUGGAGGGGCGGUGGAGGAGAGGUGGUAGUGGAAGGGGAGGAGGGGGAGGAUGGGGAGGUGGGGGCGAGGAGAGGACCCCAUGCUCGACAUAGUCACAUUCAUUAUUAUGACCCGCAGCACCAUCACCAGCAGCAGCACCUGCAGCAGCAGCAGCAGCAGCAGCAGCAGCAGCAGCAGCAGCAUGGACCCCAGCGGAGGCAUGUGGAGCAGUGGCCAGUGAAAGGAAACGCCAGUGCCGGUGGUGGCAGCACCACUGGUGGUAGCAACAGCCAGGGCAUUGUGGAGCGUGCAGCCGCAACGGCAACACGCGAUGGGAACACACUCCCCAGCGAGCCGCAGAAGUCGCAUGAAAGAGAGAGCAGCGGAAUGGAGAUGGCCGGUGAUAACGACACCAGAAGAGGCAUUCCCAUCAGCAACGUGCCAGCAAAGCCCAAGGAGCCGUACGAGCGACUAGGUUCCAUCAAGGGGUGGGGAGGCUGGGAGCAUCUAGGGGCAGCAGUGACAGAGGAGGAGAGCGACAGAGAGAGCCCGUCCAUGUGGGAUCUGGCUUACUUCCCUCUCGGCUUCACCAGGACGUUUGGGCUUGGGUUGGGAGGGGGUGGUAAGGCAGCGGGGAGCAGGAUGGGCGGUGGCGGGGGAGGCGGUGGCGGUGGUGAUGGUGCUGUGGGUAAGUCGUCGUCGGUUAAUGCGCUUGACUCGUUUCCAUUCUCACUCAUUUCCCCUCGAGGGUCCAAGCCUGCUGCUGCCUUGCCUGCUGCGGCUGCGUUGCCUGCGGAUUCUGCUGCGCCUGCUGCUGCUCCUGCCGCUCCUGCUUCGGUUGGCAGUAACAAUCCAGCUGCUGGGUUACCAGCAGCAGUAACAGCAGCUGCCGAGCAUGGUAGGCCAUCCCUCUCACGUCCCAACACACCUCCCCACCCCAGCAGGAAUGGGACUGUCCCUGGUUCUGCCUCAAGCACUACCCCUACUGCCCCUAAUGCCCCUUAUGCCCCCACUGCCCGAAAUGCCUCUAAUGCCACUGGCCACAAAUCCACUGCCACGACUGCCACUGGCCUGUCUGGCAGAGAGGGGUUUGGUGGUCGGUUGGAGGGAGGGGAUGGCAUGGGUGGGGGCUUGGGAGGGGCAGGGAGGACGAGGAGUGGGUUUGGGUUGGAAGAGGGGGAUUAUGUGGAGGACAGCGAUUGGUGGUGCCGGGACAGGUGGACGCUGGGAAGGAAAGCGGGCAGGAGUGGUGGUGGUGCCGCUGCUGGUUUGAGCACGCUUGAUGCUGCUGCUGGUUUGAGCACGCUGGAUGCUGUUGCUGGUUUGAGCACGCUUGAUGCUGCUUCUAGGCAGGGAGUGGGGAUAAGGGGGGGUGAGCAGUGGCAGCGAGGGGAGAUGGGUGAGGGAGCAGCAGUAGGUGUGAGGGAGGCAGGAGCAGAGGGAGUGGGUGAGAUAUUGCAAGAUAAGGGUGGCGUUAGCAGCGCAUUUGAGAUGAAAGGUGGCACUGAGAGGACAGGUGCUCAUGCUGCUGCCCCUGGUGCUGCUUUCUUGGCAGCUUCUGCUGGAUCAGGAGCAAUAGCAGCAGGACCAGAAGCAUCAGCGAACGCAGUACCAGCAGAACUGUCAGCUGAAGCACCAGCAGGUAGUGUAGCAGCCAUGCCCGUGACGGCAGGAGCAGCUGCAGCAACCGCCUCACAGCAGUCAGUGGGGAGAGGAGCACAGGGGGCACAGUAUGAUGUGGUGAAGGGACCGGCACUUCACAUCCGCACAGGCAGCCAGGACCUCUGGCGCCCUGGGGAUGAUCCUCAUGGCCCCCCUGCUGCCCCUGCUUCUGCUACUCCCUCUGCUUCCGCUGCUGCUGCUGCUGUUACUGCUGCUGAUGCUACCGCUGCUGCUGCUGCUGCUGCUGCUGCUGCUAGUGCUGCCGGUGGUGCUGUGGGUGGUGGUGGGGGUAGGGGAGGGGACGUUGGAGGAGGGUUGGGAGAAACAGGGGGAGGAGCAGGAGGGGGAAGCAGCGGGCUUGUACGUUCUGGGUCGUUUGGUGGGGCUGGGUCCAGUGUGGUGGGGUCCAGUGUGGAUGAUCGAGUCGGAGCAAUGAUAGUUGCUACUCCUACUGCCUCUGGCUCUGCCACUCCCAGACCUCGGUCUAUACAGGAAGAUGCAGAUGCAGGGGAGGAGAGUGCAGAAGGAGUGGCGUCCGGAUUCGGCGUAUCUCCGUACCUGCAGUCGUCGUACGGCUCGUCUUCCUCCGAGUGUCCAGAUGCAGUGAAUCUGGAGGCGAAUAGCAAGCUCUGGGAGACGCCGCCUCCGGAUUCGUCUGCACUUGGGGGAGGUGGGAUCCAGGGCAGGGGCAGGGCGGUUGCAUAUGUGGAUGAGGAGGAUGAGGAGGGAAGCUGGUGGAAUGAGAGAGGAGGAGGGGAAGGAGAAGGAGAAGGGGAAGGAGAUGGGUGGGAUGCAGGCAGCAGCACUGGUCAGUAUGGUGAUAGCUCAUCCUCGGUUUAUGGGGGUGGGGAGGGAUGGCAGGGGGAUGGAUAUAUGGGGGCAUAUAGCGGAGGACCAGGAGGAGGAGGCGGGGCAACACGAACAGGAGGGAGAGAGGGGGGAGGAGGUGCUGCAGCUGCUGCUGCAGUACCGGCAGGGGCGGGAACAGUGCUGCCAGGCAGUGUUGAUGCACGGGAGAGGCUAAGGGAGGUGGUAGAGGGGCAUUUCAGCGCGCUAGUAGAGCAGAUGCUUAAAGCUGAGGGGCUGCAGGCAGGGGCCGAGGGAGACCCUGAGGGAUGGCUUGAGGUGGUUCGGCGCCUAGCGUCCGAAGCUGCGUCGCUGGUUCGGCCGGACUCGAGCUCGAUGGGGGGGUAUAUGGAUCCUGGGGGAUACAUCAAAGUGAAGUGCAUCGCGGGGGGGAAGCACAGUGAGAGGUACGUGCCAGGGGGGGCCUGGGAGAGGAAGCACUCCAGGAAGACCCAUCUGCGCCACAUGCUGCAGAAGAUCGAGCGCAAGUUCCCCCGCCCUGCCACCCCACAAGCCCCUGUACAAGCCUACUCGCAAGCCCCCUUGCAAGGCCACUCGCAAGGCUACCAACAAGCUAACACGGGCGGGCAAGCGGGCGGGCAGCCGGGCGGGCAGGUGGGCGGCAGUGUGUUGCUAGUGGAGGGUACAGUGUCAGGGUUCGCGCAGCAGUGGAUGGUGGAGCACCGCAUGUCUCUCGUCUUCAAUGUCAAGCGCUCGUUGCUUGAGAGAGUGGCGCGCUGCACGGGAGCCAAGGUGGCUCAGUCUGCUGAAACUCUUGAUAGGCUCGGGCAGUGCCAGCGGUUCUGGACGAGGAAGUUUGUGGAGGAGUGGGAUGCGGUGGGGAGCAGUGGCGGUGGGGUGCUGCUGAUGGGGGCGCCCACAGUGGAGCUGAAGCGGGUGAAGAGGGUGAUGCACUUUGCAGUGUUCGCCUCCUACCACCUCGCCCUCGAGACCUCCUUCCUCGCAGACGAAGGCGCCCUUCCCCCCGGCAUCGCCCCCUGCCCUCCUCUGCGAGCACAGGUCUCUGGUGCUCUGGUUGGCUCUCAUCUGCCAGCUGGCGCUCCUCCAUUGGCCGGUGAUGCUCCGGCAUCGCAGCCUCAUCUGCUUGCUGAUGUCAUGGCCGCUGACGUGGCUUCCACAGAUGAAUCUGCUGCCAUCAAUCGCUCAGACGGAACUGGUGCUGGUAAUAUUAUCACCCCUCCUCCUGCUAUAGUCACAUCUGUACCCGUUAGUAGCAGCAGCAGUGGCAGCAAUAGGUCGUCACCUCGCCGGAUCGCACAGUUGUCAGCUUCCCUGUGGGCCAGUGGGGUGUCUGCUGUGAGAGAAAGUGUGAGGGAGAGUGGUGCGGAGGUUGUGAGAGAGAUUGGGGAGGGUGUGAGGGAGUCUGCAGGAGAUAGUGAAGGGCAGGGUCGAAAGGAAGAGGAGGUGGGUAUUGGGGAAACAGAAGGAGAAGGAAGCUCAGGUGGAUUUGCAGUAGAGGCAGCAGGAGAGGCGAGGAGGGGAGCAGCAACAAGUGCGGCACAAGGGAGUGCUGUUGGUGUUGGUGUUGGUGCUGGUGCUGGUGCUGGUGCUGGUGCUGGUGCUGGUGCUGGUGCUGGUGCUGGUGCUGGUGCUGGUGCUGGUGCUGGUGCUGGUGCUGGUGCUGGUGCUGGUGCUGGUGUUGGUGUUGGUGCUGGUGCUGGUGCUGGUGCUGGUGCUGGUGCUGGUGCUGGUGCUGGUGCUGGUGCUGGUGCUGGUGCUGGUGAUGGCGAAGGAAAGAAGAGUGAAGCGAAUGCUGCAUCACAAGGAGGGGUGUUGGAGAGUAAAUCUCCAGCUGUAGCAGCAGCUGCAGCACCAGAUUCAGCCAGUGGUGAGGGGAUUCCGCCUGGAUUAGCACAGGGGAAGCAGCCACAGGUGGACGAGGGGCUAAAUCUGAAGCAAUCUCAGCAGCCUGCAGGGUCCCACAUUGCCCCUCUCACCCCACAGCCGCACCUGGCCCACCCGCUGGCCCCAGUGUCGCCAUCGGAGCACCAGUCGAUCCUGGUGUGGGCGUCCAGCCGCUGUGUGUCGCGCAAGCUGCUGUGUGAGCCGCCAGAGCUGAUGCGCAUCAAGUACUACGGCGAUAGGGACAUGCCGCUGGGGCACUUUCUCACCCAGUUCGUGCUCAAUCCUCUCUGGCGCUGCAAGUGCGGCAUGCCAUCACAGGACCACGUGCGUGUCUAUUCCCACAAAGAAGGCUCCCUCACCAUCUCCGUGCGCAAGGCAGAUGACAUCCUCCCCCCCACGCACCCCCUGCAACUGCCAGGGGGAGGGGGAGCAAGCGGGGGGAGAGGAACCUAUGGGGGAGGAGGAGGGGGAUAUGGGGGUGGGGGUGUGGGUGCAGGAGCAGGAGAAGCGGAUAUGGGUAUGGGGUGUGGUGGACAGGACUCUGCUGUGUCUGCUGCUGGGUCUGCUGGGGCUGCUGCUGUGGGCGGUGCGUGCCCGCCGCCCGCUGCCGCCCGGUGCAUCUGGAUGUGGCACCGCUGCCGGCAGUGCCGCCCGGUGGACGGAGUGGCGCCGGCCACGCGCCGCGUGCUCAUGUCCGAGGCGGCGUGCAAGCUGUCGCUGGGAAAGUUCCUGGAGCUUUCGUUUACCAACCAUGUGGUGGUGGGGCGCCUGGCGGCGUGUGGGCACUCGCUGCAUCGCGACUGCCUGCGCUUCUACCGGAGUGGCGAGAUGAUAGCAUGCCUGGCCUACUCGCCCAUGCAUCUCUACUCUGUCUGUCUGCCGCCUCUGCGCCUCAGCUUCAACCACCGCCAGCAGCAGCAGUGGCUCGUGGACGAAUUCAACGAUGUGGCGGAGGCAGCGGAGCAGAUGUGCAUGGACAUCAUGAACGCCCUUGACGCUCUCGCAGCGCGCCUGGCAGGACAGCACUUAGCACACCUUUCCCUCCCUGUGCCUUCCCCCCCCCCCCCCCCCCACGUGGUGCUGCAGGUGGCAGAAGCAGCGGAGCGGGUGUUCAUGGACAUCAUGAACGCCCUUGACGCUCUCGCAGCCGACCCAGUGAGCUUGCAGUGCAAGUCACCUCAACAACCUCCAUCCCCCUCCCUCCUUCCCCGUAACGUGCCGCAGGUGGCAGAAGCAGCGGAGCGGGUGUUCAUGGACAUCAUGAACGCCCUUGACGCUCUCGCAGCCGACCCAGUGAGCUUGCAGUGCAAGUCACCUCAACAACCUCCAUCCCCCUCCCUCCGUCCCCGUAACGUGCCGCAGGUGGCAGAAGCAGCAGAGCGGGUGUUCAUGGACAUCAUGAACGCUCUAGAUGCGCUUGCAGCACGUCUGGCGCAGGGAGGCCCACUGUCUGCCAGCCGCUUCCCCGAGGCGCGGGCCAGCCUGGCGCUGCUGGAGGCGACUCUGCAACGCGAUAAGGCUGUGUUUGAUGUGAGUGUGGUGCGGUAUGGUGUGUUGGGGUGUAGUGCUGUGCGGUUGAAUGCUCUUGAUGCUCUUGCAGCGGCCCUGGCGGCGGGUGGCCCGCUGUGUGAUAAAAAACUUCAGCAGGCAGCGCCAGAUUUCAGUCUGCCCGCCGGGCAGCCCGUGACAGAUAUUCUGGAGCUGAACCGGGUGCGGCGAGAUCUGACCGUCCAAUUAGCUGAGUGGGCGGAGCGGCUGCAAAGAUUAGCAGCGGAGAUUCAACAGCCGCCGCAGCAACGAGCAGCAGUCAUGGCAGCAACCCCAAUGCAAUCCGAAGCACCAGUAGCUGCACUUGAGGCAGAAGCAGCGUCAGAAACAGGUGGAGAAGAAGCAGGGCCACCAGACGGCAGGAAAGGCGCUAGUCUAGCUAAGGGACAGGUGUCAUCCAAUGAUUCGCUACCAAAAGCCAGCCCGAAACAGCAGCAGCGGCAGGUAGAAGGCGGGUCUCUGGAGGUGCCAGGCAGGGAUAGGGAUGACUCCGUGGGGCUGCUCAGUGCCACUCUAGACCUCGCCGCUCGGGCCGCUGAGGCUCGGCGAAAGAAGGCCUGGGAGACGGAGGCUCGGGAAAUAGAGGCCCGGGAACCAGAUGCAGCAGGAACAGAGGCCCGGCAAGCAGGGACAGAAGAGUCCCCUCUGCUAGUAUUAGAAGCUUCGGGGAAGGAGGAGGUUAAAUACGAGGGAGAGCAGGAAGUUGAGAGUGGUUCUGGGAGUGUGUUGCUAGAUGGUGGGGAAGGAGGAGUGGAGGAGAGUGGAGUGGAGGGGAAGGGAGAGGAUGGAGUGGAGGGAGUGGGAGGAGAGGAGGGUGUUAAGGGGAGUGGGUUGGAGGAGAAGGGAGAGGAGGGUGUUAAAGCAAGUGAUAUGCAUGGGAAUGUAGAGGGUGGCAGUAAGGGAGAAGUGGGGGAAAGCGGUGAGGCGGUAGCCCUACAUGCACAAGGUGGUGACGCUGAGAGUGAGUGCGAGGCUGAGGCAAGCAGCAUGCCGUCAGUGGGUGCCGCAGAUGCAUUUGGGGAGGCGAAGCCAGAGGCGUCUAAUGAGAGCAUGGCUUCGAGCCAUACUCCCCUUACUGUGACUUCGAGCCAGGAAUCAGCAGGGGCGGGUGGCAAAGACAGUCCAGGCGUCAGCAGCGCAGCAUCUCUGGUGGAGGGGCAGAGCGAGGCGGGUGAAGAGAAGGAUGGCGGACGAGAUGGGGAGGCGGAGGUAGGGGAGAUGAGUGGAGAGGCAGGGGCAGGGAAGGCAGGGAAGGGGAAGGCAGGGGAAGGGGAGGCAAGGGAGGAAAGCACGAUGGGGAUGGAUGAGGUGAAUGUGGCAGAGGUUGUAGCUGAAAUGGAGAAGAAGAUUGAGGAUGCAGAAAAGCUUGAGGAAGGGAGUAAGGAGGAGUUAGCUUCUCAGGCUGGUGGUGGCAGCAUGGAUGGGGGGUGUGUGAGUGAGGUGGGUGGUGAUGCUGCAGAGCGCGAGGAGGGUGCUCCCUCACAGGGCGCUGCUCUGUCCUUGGAAAUUGGGAGAGACGCUGGCAGCUAUAGCUUCUCAGAUUGGAGAAGAGAGGGAGGGUUGCGAGAGGAAGAGGGGCGGAGUACUGAGGAAGGGGCUGAGGAGAGGAACAAGGCAGGUGGAGUGAGAGGCGAUGGGGAUGAGGAGAGGGGUGAGGGAAAGGAAGGUGGAGAAGAGCAGCAGAUGGAAGCACUUGCCUUUCCAGCAGACGCACCUGCAGUGUGUGUCUCAGCAGAAGCACCAACAGUGUCUGUCGCAACAGAAGCACCAACAGUGUCUGUGCCAGCUCUAACACCGGUACUGUCAUUGGCUGCUCCAGGCGCUCUGCCACCCUCAGCUGCUGCUGGUAGCACUCCGCGGCUCUCUCGUCGCUCCAGCCUCCCUCCCCGUGCGCCGACGCAUCCUCCUGCCUCCUUGCUCUCCUUCAACCCAUCCACCCAUUCUCCUUUCCCGCCCCCGCUGCAGUACCCUCUGUCCGGCCCUGCUAGGCAGAGCGCAUGUGCUCCUCCCUCCUGGCAUCGGCGGCCGCAUCAUAGCGGUUACCCCCCGGCCUUGCUGGGUAGAGCACACGUACUCUUGCCGCCCGGCAUUGGGGGCCGCAUCAUAGCGGUGUACGAGGAUGAGCCCACGUCGCUCAUUGCCUAUGCCAUCUCGUCCAACGAGUAUUACCGCGCCGUGCAUGGCGCCGCUGCUGCUCACAUGUCGGCCAUGGGGGUUGGGGGCAGUGGGAGAGUGGUGGAAUCGGAGGUGGUGGGGGCGAAAGCAGUGGGCGAGCUGGUCAGGCAGGCCUCAUCAGCAGCUGCAGCUGCAGCAGCGGUGGUGGCGGCGGCGGUGGCAGCGGUUGAGUUGGAUGCUGCAGCAGGACGAGCAGCAGCAGACGCAGCAGCGCCAGCAGCAGCAGCAACAGCAGCAGCAGCAGGACAAAGAAAUCCAGUAGCAGCAGGACAAAGAAAUCCAGUAGCAGCAGGACAAAGAAAUCCAGUAGCAGCAGGACAAAGAAAUCCAGUAGCAGCAGGACAAAGAAAUCCAGUAGCAGCAGGACAAAGAAAUCCAGUAGCAGCAGGACAAAGAAAUCCAGUAGCAGCAGUGGCAGCCGGAGGAGCCGAUUCAGAUUCAGCAGGUGCAAAAAGAGCAGCUAGAGAAGAGGCGACUUGCAGCAGUGCUGCCCCUCCAGCAGAUUCACUCCCGCAGAACACCUGUCGCACCGAUGCCUCUCCGCCCGGUGCUGCUACCAGGCUGUUAGAACCCGCAGCUGCCAGCACAGAGGCGGGAGCAGCAAUGGAUGUACAGUGCACAGGUGCAGAGGCAGCAGGAAAGGAGUCAGCAGCAGGAGAGGGAAGAGGAGUCGAUCGGACCACAGGAAGGGGAGAGGGAAGUGGAGCAGAGUUGGCGAGCUCAGGUGCAGGGGUAGCAGCAGCAGCAGCAGCAGCAGCAGCAGCAGUACUAGCAGGGGAAGUGUGUGGGGCUGCGGAGGCCAGAAGCCCUGGCGGGGGAGAUGGUGGAGGCGGUAGCAAGUAUCGGGAGUGUAGUGGAGCUAGAUCUAACGAUGAGGCAGCAUCAGCGGCCCAUGGCAGUGGCAGUUCGACGCAUAGCAAAGGGCAGAACAUUGAGCCAGAUGCUGCUUCAGCAGACAGUGCUGCAAGAGAUGUUGCAUCGUCUGAUGGAAGUGUUGUUGGUGCAGAGGGGAUGGGAGCGUGUAGGGGAGAGAGCGGGGAUGGUGUUGGGGAAGGGGAUGGCACGGAUCGGGUUGGUGGUAGUGGGGUUGGGUUGGCGAGCAGGGGUGUGGAGCCAGGUAGAGAAGAUAGCGAGGGAGUGGAGAGUGGUGGAUCUAGGGCCGAGCUGAGAACGCCACCAGGAGCGGAGGGGGAUGGUGCUAGUCCUGGUGUUGGUGUUGCUGGUGACGGUGCUGCUGCUGAGGGCAGUGGCGCUGGUGGUGGUGUUGGUGUUGCUGUUGCUGUUGCUGGAGAUAGAAGUGCAAAUUCCAGAGAUGAGGAGAGGUUUUGCAAGGCAGACGCUGGCCCUGGGCUGUCGCAGCAAGACCAUCAGCCUGCAUCCUCCAUGCAGGAUGACUCGUUACAAGCAAAGCCGGAGACAGCAGAACAACUGCAACAAGAAGCGUCACAAUCAGACUCAGAAUCAUCGAAAUCACAGCAGGAACCUUCGCAAGCACAACCAGAAGCGUUGCAAUCGCAGCAAGAACCAUUACAAGCGCAGCCAGAAGCGCAGCCAGCCGGGGUUGACAUAGUGCCACUGCCUGUGCCAGCCCGGGAAGAACAGGUGCCAGUGCCGUCUCAGGAGGACCCGCUUUUAUCCCGGGAGAAGCGGCACGUGAAGGUGGCAUUCACAGCGGGGGGGGUCGACGACGCCCUGCCCUUCCCCGCGCUGCCCUUCCUCCCCGGCCCCAGCACCAACCCCGUUGGCGCCUCUGGCACCACAGGCAGCAGCGGCAUUGGUGGCAUUAGUGGCAUGAGCAGUGGCAUGAACAGCGGCGGUAUCGGCAGCGGUGCGUCGACGCCGGUGGGUGCUGGCAGCAGUAGCCGUCGCCGUGGGGUUGCUGGCGGCAUCGGUGGGGGGAGCGGCUCCGCAGCAUCGUUCCAGGUGACCGCAUACUUCGCCAAGCAGUUUGACGCGCUGCGCCGCAAGUGCUGCUCGCCCUCCCCCCCGCUCGCCCCGGCAGCUGCCUCAUCCAGUCAGCAGAAGGCUGGAGCUGACACAGGAGAAGGGACAGCAGCGGGGACAGCAGGAGCAGCAGGGGCGGCAGGCGCAGCGGCGGCAGGGGAAGGGGUGGUGGACGGGAGUGGCGAUGUGGAGUUUGUGCGCUCGCUGUGCCGCUGCAAGCGCUGGAGUGCCGAGGGUGGCAAGAGCUCUGUGUAUUUCGCCAAGUCUGCGGACGACCGUUUUGUCAUCAAGCAGGUGGGACGACCUCUCCUGUCCUCUAGCUCUGCCCUCUCCUCGCCUCUGAGUCGACUCAAACAGCCAAACCCUUGUGUUUCCCCCAAUCUCCCUCAUCCCCGUUAUAAGGUGCAACGCAAGGAGAUACUAGCGUUCCUUCACUUUGCCAACGACUACUUGAAGCACCUCUUUGACGCCAUCGAGCUUUCUUCUCCUAAUUCAAGAGCUUUCUUUGCUCUUCUUUUCGCUCCCUCUCCCCCUGCUGCGCAGGUGCAACGCAAGGAGAUCCUGGCGUUUCUGGACUUUGCCAACGACUACUUCAAGCACCUCUUUGAUGCCAUCGAGUCUGGCAACCCCUCCUGCCUCGCCAAGAUCCUCGGCCUCUACCAGGUGACAGCAAAGGGCGUGACUAUGGACGUGAUGGUCAUGGAGAACCUGCUCUACGGCCGUCGGAUCACCAAGCUCUACGAUCUCAAGGGCUCUCGUCGCUCCAGAUACAAUGCAGACCGCUCCAAGAGCAGGGUACUGCUGGACGAGAACCUACUAGAAGCCAUUUCCACGUCGCCCAUCUUCCAUUCUCCUCUACACCUUCUCUCCCUUCCCUCCUCCCCCUCUCUCCUCACCCCAGGUACUGCUGGACGAGAACCUACUAGAAGCCAUGCCCACGUCGCCCAUCUUCGUGGGGAAGCGAUCCAAGCAGCUGCUGGAGAGAGCCGUGUGGAACGACACUGCCUUCCUCGCGCCAGGGGAAGUGGAGCAACAGCAGAAGCAGAACGAGCAGCAGCAGCAGGAAAAGCAGUAGAAGUAACAGCAGCAGCAGCAGCAGCAGCAGCAGCAGCAGCAGCAGCAGCAGCAGCAGCAGCAGCAGCAGCAGCAGCAGCAGCAGCAGCAGCAGCAGCAGCAGCAGCAGCAGCAGCAGCAGAAGCAGAGAUUGCCACCACAACUGCUGGUGUGGUCGUGCCUGCCUGCUGUGCUGCCGUCUAG